AUGCUGGGAAGUCACCAAGUGCCCAGCACAAUUUCUUUCCUACCCAAGGGAAAAAAUUACAGUAAGAACCUGCAGGAAAUUUCCCACAAGGGAAAAUGUUUCCAACUCUUCCACUUUUUAAAAUUUAUUCCUACUCCCAAGAUCCAGACAUUUAACGUGGAUGCACCAUGCCAGACCGUAGAAGAUUUAACGAAUGGGGUUGUGAUGGCCCAGGUUCUUCAAAAAAUAAACUGCCAAAGUGUUUCCAAAGUGGAUGUGCCAUUUGUGGUCCCACAAGCAGUGUAUGAAUGUUCCUAUUGCACCACAGUUUCACCAUCACUUGUAAGAGAUCCUGCAUAUUUUGAUGAAAAUUGGCUGAACAGAAUCAAAACCGAAGUAGGAGAUAAUUGGAGGCUAAAGAUAAGCAAUUUAAAGAAAAUUUUAAAAGGAAUCCUGGAUUACAAUCAUGAGAUUUUAGGACAGCAAAUUAAUGACUUUACCCUUCCUGAUGUGAACCUCAUUGGGGAACAUUCUGAUGCUGCAGAGCUCGGAAGGAUGCUUCAGCUCAUCUUAGGCUGUGCUGUGAACUGCGAACAGAAGCAAGAGUACAUCCAAGCCAUUAUGAUGAUGGAGGAAUCUGUUCAACAUGUUGUCAUGACAGCCAUUCAAGAGCUGAUGAGUAAGGAAUCUCCUGUCUCUGCUGGAAAUGAUGCCUAUGUUGACCUUGAUCGCCAGUUGAAGAAAACUACGGAGGAACUAAAUGAAGCUCUGUCAGCAAAGGAAGAAAUCGCUCAAAGGUGCCAUGAACUGGAUAUGCAGGUUGCAGCAUUGCAAGAGGAGAAAAGUAGUCUUUUGGCAGAGAAUCAGGUAUUAAUGGAAAGACUUAAUCAAUCUGAUUCUAUAGAAGAUCCGAACAGUCCUGCAGGAAGAAGGCAUCUGCAGCUUCAAACUCAAUUAGAACAACUCCAAGAAGAAACAUUCAGACUAGAAGCAGCCAAAGAUGAUUAUCGUAUACGCUGUGAAGAGUUAGAAAAGGAAAUCUCUGAACUCCGGCAACAGAAUGAUGAACUAACCACUUUGGCAGAUGAUGCUCAGUCUUUAAAAGAUGAAAUAGAUGUUCUUAGACAUUCUUCUGAUAAAGUGUCUAAACUAGAAGGCCAAGUGGAAUCAUAUAAAAAGAAGCUAGAAGAUCUUGGUGAUUUGAGGCGUCAGGUUAAACUCUUAGAAGAAAAGAAUACUAUGUAUAUGCAGAACACUGUCAGUCUAGAGGAAGAGUUAAGAAAAGCCAAUGCAGCUCGAAGUCAACUUGAGACAUAUAAGAGACAGGUAGUAGAACUACAAAAUAGAUUAUCUGAAGAAUCGAAGAAAGCAGAUAAAUUAGAUUUUGAAUAUAAGCGGCUAAAAGAAAAAGUUGACAGUCUUCAAAAAGAAAAAGAUAGGUUAAGAACAGAAAGGGAUUCUCUGAAGGAAACCAUUGAAGAGCUUCGUUGUGUACAGGCACAAGAAGGACAGCUCACAACUCAAGGUAAAAACAUUUCAGUAGCUCAAUAUUGCAUCAGUGUACUACAUAAUCAGCUUUUCUUUUGUUCAUUCAGGGAGAAACUUAUUCGUCUUCAGCAUGAGAAUAAGAUGUUAAAAAUUAACCAAGAGGGUUCAGACAAUGAAAAAAUUGCCUUAUUGCAGAGUCUUCUGGAUGAUGCAAACCUACGCAAGAAUGAACUGGAGACAGAGAAUAGGCUGGUGAAUCAAAGACUUCUGGAAGUACAGUCACAAGUUGAAGAACUGCAAAAAUCUUUACAGGAUCAAGGCUCAAAAGCAGAAGAUGCUAUUUCAGUUCUUCUAAAAAAGAAGCUUGAAGAACAUCUGGAGAAGCUGCAUGAAGCCAAUAAUGAAUUGCAGAAGAAGAGAGCCAUUAUUGAAGAUCUUGAGCCACGAUUUAAUAACAGCUCCUUAAAAAUUGAAGAACUGCAAGAAGCUUUACGAAAGAAAGAAGAGGAAAUGAAACAAAUGGAAGAACGAUAUAAAAAAUACUUAGAGAAAGCCAAAAGUGUAACUAGUAGACCAUCCUACUCCAGUAUUCAAGAAAGACCCCCAGCUCUGGUUUGGGGCCUCUGUUGUGGGCUGUCAGGAACUUUUCUUAAUUUGCUUGAGAAUGCAAGCCUGCCUGAAGUGAAGAAAAACACCCUGGAGGGAAUGACCCUGCAUAAAAAGGCGGCUGAAGAUAGACUUGCUAGUACAGGUUCAGGGCAGUCAUUUCUGGCUAGGCAAAGACAAGCAACCAGCACAAGAAGAUCUUAUCCGGGCCAUGUUCAACCAGCCACAGCAAGGUAG